AUGUCACGUCCGCUUCUCUCCACGGCGUCACCCGCAAGCGUCCCGGUGACCUCACCGCCCGCCGCCUAUCCAUGUACCGGUUCUUACGCUUCCUCGCUGCAUACAACACUCUCCCGUUCAUACUGUUCAUACUCCUCUAGCAGCCCGCACCCGUGUGCAGGAAUAUGUGACAGGCCAACACUGAUGCGCUCCUACCGCACCCUCUUAUUGCAUUCCUUGGCCACCUUUGCAUCCUUCCUCGGUUGUCGGAGCGAUGACGGCCAGGUGCCUCUACCGGUAUCGCAGGUGCUCCGCGGAGCCCAUGACGCGAACAGCAACACUUCCUUGAUCAGCCAAGACCUGUUCUGGGAACUCGAACAGCUUGCGCGCAUCGUCGAUAUAUCGUAUUGCGUAGGCACAGCGGGCCUGGGCAUACAGAAACCCUUUUCGUGUGCGAGUCGCUGCGCGGAUCGCGACUUUGACUCGUUUGAAUUGGUAACGGCAUGGAACACUGGACCUUUUCUUUCCGAUUCCUGUGGCUACAUAGCACUCUCGCACUCUCCCAAGAACCCCCGUCUUAUCCUCGCCUUCCGUGGAACUUACUCCAUCGCAAACACUAUUGCCGACCUCUCCACUAUUCACCAGGAAUACGUUCCGUAUCCAGGCGAUGACGACGAUGAGAAAGACUCUUCAGACUUCAUCACACCUCUUCCACCUUUCGUAAAGAAAGACUCCGCAGCCGACGAACCUCCCCCAGCUGAGCCCCCACAAUGUAAAAACUGCACCGUCCACACCGGCUUCUACUCCUCCUGGCUCAACACGCGCAAAGCCAUCCUCCCCUAUGUCACGGAAGCCCUUGAAAAAUAUCCAAACUACAAACUCGUGCUAGUAGGCCACUCGCUCGGCGGUGCCGUCGCCACACUCGCAGGCCUAGACUUCAAAGCCCGCGGCUGGAAUCCCCAUGUCACUACCUUUGGCGAACCAAGAUUGGGCAACAAGGCACUGAACCGCUACAUCAAUGAGCGCUUCAACAUCUCAAAACACCAUGGCGCCAAUACACUGCACCGCGUAACGCAUGCGGGCGAUCCAGUGCCGCUGCUUCCUCUGGCGGAAUGGGGCUAUGCAAUGCACAGCGAAGAAGUCUUCAUCGCCGAAGGCAGCCUCCCUGCUUCCAUUGCCGACAUCAGAUAUUGCGAAGGUGACGAGGAUCCGCACUGCAUUGCUGGAGGUGAUGCCGGGAAAUCGGCGUGGGGUGUACCUGCGCGCUUCAAAUUUUGGCAGCUGUUCUUUGCCCAUCGCGAUUACUUUUGGAGGUUGGGCUUGUGUCUCCCGGGUGGAGAUCCGUUUCAUAAGUAUCCUCGAGGUAGUGGUGGUGACGACGAUAAUGCUGGUGCUGGUGAGGAGGUUACGGAGAUUUUGGAGCUUUGA